AUGGUCUGCAAGAAAUGCGAGACUAAAACAUCCAAACUUGCUGCACCUGACCCGUUCCAGUCGACCUCACAGUCGAUCAAGGAAGGCUCGCGGAAAGUUGGGGAGAACAAGUUGUUGAGUAGGCCAGGGAGCUCUAGGAACAGGUUCCAGCCUUACCAAGGUAAAUGCAAGGACUGCAAGUCGACGGUGACGCAGAACAAGGCGAAAUACUGUCAUGGCUGCGCGUAUAAGAGAGGUGUGUGUGCAAUAUGCGGCAAGCAAGUCCUGGAUACGUCGGGCUACGUCAUGUCGUCCAAGUAG